ACGCGCUCGCCGCCCCCCUCCCCGCGUAUGCCUCUGCGCGUGCUCGCCGGUAUUAAUACCCCAGAGCCCACUGCAACCUCCACCCAUCCGACCACAUUCAAGUGGAUGCUCCUCGAUCUCCAUCACUACAGCCCACUUGAGUUCUUGAAGCUUCGAAGCUCACCUAGCUCGCCGCGGGCCAUGUCGAGCGCCGGCAAGAAGCAGCAGCAGCAGCAGGCGAAGAAGCCGGCGGCGGCGGAGGACAUCGAGAUCAAGAAGGUCUUCUCCCGCUUCGACACGGACGGCGACGGCCGGAUCUCGCCGUCGGAGCUGGCCGCGGUGUCACGCGCCAUCGCGCCCCCCGCCGCCACCGACUCCUCCGCGCAGGGCCGCGAGGUGGCCUCCAUGAUGGACGAGCUCGACACCGACCGCGACGGCUACGUCGACCUCGGCGAGUUCGCGGCCUUCCACGGCCGCGGCCGCGGGGAGCGCGAGCUGGACGCCGAGCUGCGCGACGCCUUCGACAUCUACGACAUCAACGGCGACGGCCGCAUCUCCGUCGCCGAGCUCAGCAAGGUCCUCAGCCGCAUCGGCGAGGGAUGCAGCACCGAGGACUGCGAGAAGAUGAUCGCCUCCGUCGACGUCGACGGCGACGGCUGCGUCGGGUUCGAGGAGUUCAAGAAGAUGAUGACCGCCGGUGACGCCAGCGCCCGACCCGAAGCAGCGACCGGCGCCGCUGACAACAACAAAGCCAAGAAGGAGUAGUGAUCCAUGCUUUUGCUUGUAAAGAAGAUUGUAAUCUGAGGGGAGCGAAAUGGAGGUGUUCCUUCUGGUCUCAAAA